CUUAUUAAAUUAUUGAAAUUAAAUAAAUUAUAUCUAUUAUUUCCUGAUUUAUUAGCCACUUCUUUAUAUUGGCUCUACUGGCGAUCGAGUGAUGUUGGCCAUAUUUCCGGUUUGGAUUGCUCUUUCACUACGGCAAGAUGGCUGAUCAGACCGAGCGUGCGUUUCAAAAGCAACCCACGAUCUUUCUUAACCGCAAGAAAGGUCUGGGCCCCAAAAGGAGGAAGCCUAUGAGGUAUAGCCGUAAUGUAGGUCUUGGUUUCAAAACUCCACGUGAGGCGAUAGAAGGAACAUACAUUGACAAGAAAUGUCCAUUUACGGGUAACAUUUCAAUCCGAGGUCGUAUUCUUACCGGUGUCGUACAAAAGAUGAAAAUGCAGCGGACUAUUGUCAUACGUCGAGAUUACUUGCAUUAUAUUAGAAAAUAUAAUAGAUUUGAAAAACGCCAUCGUAAUAUGAGUGUGCAUUUAAGUCCUUGCUUCAGAGACGUAGAAAUUGGAGAUGUAGUAACUAUUGGAGAGUGUAGGCCACUCAGUAAAACAGUCAGGUUUAAUGUGUUGAAGGUCUCCAAAGGAACGGGUUCAAAGAAAAGUUUCAAGAAAUUUUAAGAUCAUAAAGUUGUGA